CUACUUGUAGAAUUUAAUAGAAACAUCAGAAAAUGUCCGUCAACUAUUCGUCGCACCCCCAGCCUUUUGCUGUGGAUGUUCCCGUGACCGAUAUUGAUGAUCCCGAUGACGAUGUUCUAUUUCAGGAACAAACGAAUCAAACGAAGGUAGUUAGAACGGACGAUAACCACGACUUUUUAGAUAACUUAGACUACGAAUUCGAAGACAGUUCGUCCAAAAAUUUCAUCCUGAAAAUAGCGGGAUUUUUCAAGUCUAGAUCGAAAAUAGGAGGAAAUUCAUAUGAGAUGUUGAAUCGAGAAAACACUGAGAGUGAAGAUUUCGAAAUUGACUCUCAAGACAACGACGACGAUCAACAAUAUCGCACAUUUGAUAUCAGAGAUUACCAGAUCAAACUAUUGAGUAAUAAACUCAAAGUGACAACGGUAUUAGGGUCUGUAUUGUUGGCAAGCUUGAUAGCUGUCAUUUUUCAUCUCAUUGGUCGUAAUCACAAAAAUGUUUAUGUUAACUCAUACAAUAAAAGAAUUAUCAGUAAUUCAACACAUGACUUUCAUCCAACAACUCUCGUCAUAUCAUUAGACGGAUUUCACCCUCACUAUAUAAAUCCAAAAAUUACCCCUACAAUGCAUACUCUACUCAUGGAUGGACACGGUGCGCCUUUCAUGAUCCCAUCUUUUCCAUCAUCUACAUUCCCAAACCAUUGGACUUUGGUUACGGGACUUGAUCCAGCUGACCAUGGAAUUGUUGGAAACACAUUCUACGAUCCAAUAUUGAAGAAGCAGUUUGUAAAUACAGAUCCUAAGCGUGGAGGUCUUGAUCCCGACUUUUGGAAGGGAGGUGAACCAAUCUGGACUACAGCCGAAAAUCAAGGUGUGAAUGCUGCUGUACAUAUGUGGCCAGGAAGUGAGGUACCCACAGUUGGUCCCUCGAAAGAUUUCGAUAGAUAUAAUGGUUCUGAAUUGUUGUCUUCCAAAGUUAACAGAGUUAUGAAGUGGAUUGACAGAGAAAACAUCGAUGACAGACCAGAAUUGAUCUUAACUUAUGUGCCUACUGUAGAUCUGUUCGGUCAUAAAUUUGGAAUAAGCGGCCAGAACUUAACGGAUGCAUUAACGUAUGUGGAUGAUUUUAUCGAUCUUAUGCAAAAGGAAAUCGGAAAGAGAAACUUACAGAACAUCGUGAACACGAUAAUCGUCAGUGACCACGGAAUGGCCCCAACCUCAAACGACAGGCUCAUUUAUUUGGAUGAUUUGAUCGAUUUGGAAAAAUUAGAACAUAUUGAUGGUUGGCCAUUGUUUGGUUUAAGACCAAUUAAGAAGUACUCAGUUGAAGAAAUCUAUAAUGAGAUAAAACUCAAUAUCGAAAAAUUAGGAGAAUCAGAAACCAAGAAGUUCGAUCUAUAUAAAGUCGAGGAAUUACCAAAGGAAUGGUGUUUUGGUGGUGAAGAAAAGGAGCACAAAUUUAACUAUCGUCUCGCUCCCAUUUGGCUCAUUCCAAAGAUUGGAUAUUCUAUUACAACACACAAACAAAUGAAGGAGAAAGGUUUCGACUAUACACCGAAAGGAGUUCAUGGCUAUAAUAAUACAGAAUUGUUGAUGAGAGCCAUCUUUUUAGGGAAUGGACCAUAUUUUGAUCUGAGAUUGGGAGCUUCUAAGAAGGUACAUCCGUUCAAGAAUACCGAAGUUUACAACAUCAUCUGUGACACAUUGAAUAUCAUUCCUUCGCCAAAUAGUGGCAGUGACGUUAACGUCUUUUCCAAAAUUUCAGGUGCAAAUGAAUUGCCAAACGAUUGGGUUGAUGAGUUAGAGUUCCCAGAUCUUCCAUUUGCUGUUGAACAUGUGGUCUACAAUGCUACCUACGAUCUAUUGUGGAAGAAAAGACCAUCUGACUCAAAGCAAGUCACAAUUUCUAUCAGCACGAAUAAUUAUCCAUUGCAGUCGAUGAUUUCGGAAGAGUCUACACUUUCAAGCUUAGAAACUCAGCCAAUUCCUAAGCCUACUGAUUUUGAAGAACAUCCGGAUAGCAAGGGCAACCUAGUUGACGAAGUUAUUGAUGAUAUCGGAGAGAUACUUGACAAGGUUGGAAACGAGAUGAACAAGAUCUUCGGUGACUUAUUUGGUUCAGGUGAUGACAAAAAAGGGAACAAAGAUGACAGCGAAAGUAACUGACUUGGUAUGUAUUCUAGUGCCUAUAAUUAGACUAUUUACUUCUGCUAUAAAUGAUCAU